AUGAGCUACCCGCCAGCCUCGAGCUCGACAGAGCCCUCGCCAGCAGCUUUCAACCCUCCUGUCGCCCACCAGCCCCCGCCUCGUCCGCCCGUCCCUGGCUCUGGCCCCACACCUGCCGACAACCCCUUGUCCUCGUCCGGCCCGUUCACCUCGGCGCCGCUCAUCACCUCGGGCGUCAACCUUGGGCCCCGCCGCCCCGACUACAAGGGCAAGCGCAAGGCGAGCGAACUCACCGGCGGCGACGGCGCCUCGAACGACGGCUCGCCCGUCGAGGACGACGACGACCAGGACGUGCCCGUCGAGCCGCAGGUCGAGAACGAGCUCGAGGCCGCUGCCGCCGUGCUCGGCGGCGCCGCACAGGCCGAGGCCGGCGCCAAGAAGAGACGCGAGUCGGACAAGGAGAAGAAGAAGGUCAAGGUGGGCGCGAGGGCGAGCAUCGCGUGCAAGACGUGCAGGAAGCGCAAGGUGCGCUGCUCGGCCGAGUGGCCAGUGUGCCAGUUCUGCCACGCGCGCAACCUCGAGUGCGUGUACGAGGGCCACCCGGCCGAGAACGGCGGCACCAUGUACGCUGGACCGCCGGGCGUCACACCGGGCGGGAACGGCGCGCCGCUCGAGGUCGACCUGCCCUCGAGCGACAUGAUCCUCGAAGCGCUCGACGCCUUCAUCACCAACCACUUCGACACGUUCCCGUUCGUCCACAAGCCGAGCCUGACGCAGGAGGUCAACGAGGGCCGUGCGCCAAAGGAGGUCGUCUGCUGCAUCCUCGCGCUCGCCGCAAGGUUCUCGCCAUCUCUGCGCAACCUGCACCCGUCCUCGCCGACCGCCGCCUCGGAGCACUACGCCGCCCUCGCCUCUCAGCUCCUCCUCCUCCCCGAAACUUCGCAUGGCCAGUCGUCCAACAUGCCGUCGGCCGACACGCCCAUCUCGCUCAUGCGCUGCCAGUGCCACCUCAUGCUCGGCUUCUACGAGCUCACGGCCGGCCGCGACAACUCGGGCUGGCUCAAGAUCGGCACCGCCAUCCGCAUGGCCCAGACGCUCCGCCUCGGGUUUGACGACGAGAUCCCCGUCUACGAGACGGCGCGCAACCCGACCUCGGCGGCGUCGACCUCGGCGGCCAUCUCGAGCGAGCCGCGCGACAUUGUGCGCGCCGAGAUGCGCCGCCGCACGUUCUGGGCCCUUUUCUCGCUCGACCGCACCGUCAGCGACGGCAACGAGCGCCCGUGCGGCCUCAAGGUGCCGCGCAUCGCGAGCCUGCGCAUGCCCGGGCCCGACGCCGACUUUGCCGCCGGCCGCAAGAGCGUCGGCGCCAAGUUCGACCCGGACCCGCCGGCGUGGAGCGUCUCGGUGCGCACGACGGCGUCCACGUCGUCGACGGCGGCACGAGCUGGGCUCGACGAGGGCGCGUCACCUCGUCCGGCGCUCGCGGCGGCGGCGGCGGCGGCGGCUAUGGCGGUCGACCCGGCCGACGAGCCCGACGCCGACCUGUACGGCUACACGUUGCGCAUCGCCGAGAUCUGGAGCAAGGUGGCGAGCUACAUCGGCUCGGGCGGCCGCAACGUGGACCGCCGCGCGCCGUGGCUCGCCGAGUCGACGUUCGCCCAGCUCGCCGGCGAGCUCGCCGACUUCGAGGCCAAGCUCCCCGACGUCCUCAAGUACUCGCAACAGACGCUCAUCGCCCACUGCAUGGUGCCCGAGGAGGCCAAGCUGUUCGCGCUACUCCACCUCACCAACGCCAUGGCUCGACAUGUCCUGCACCGCGACUACCUGCCGUUCCUGCCGCCCAACGACUUCAACGCCGCGCACGGACCCAUCGACGGCGAGCCGCUCUUUGGCUCGGUCGACGAGCCGUCCGGGUGGUGGCAGGCGUCGUUCGACAUGGCGGCCAAGAGCGCCAACACGAUCUCGGACGUCUGCUCGCACCUCGCGUCGCACGGCAUCGUCCUCACGCACCCGUUCGCCGGCUUUGCCGCCGUCGCCGCCGGCACGGUCCACAGCCACAUCCGCUACUGGCCCCAGUCGAGCUCGGUGCACAUCGACGCCGCGCACUACCUCGCUCAAGACGCCGAGAUCCUCAACGGCCUGCGUCAAAUCUACCCGAUCGCCGCUCGCUGGUACGAGUCGCUCGCCGGCCUGCAGCUCCUCUACUUCAACCUCGCGCGCGGCGUCCUCGACUCGGACCCGUUCAAGGUCCGUGCGCGCGUCCUCCAGCUCCUCCGCAGCGCCAAGGACGACGCCGACAUUGGCUCGCCGGUCCGUGGCGGCGGCGACGGCGCUGCGGCAGGCGCGCACGGCGCGGCGGCGGCGGGUGGGAGGAAAGGAGCGAACGGCGUGUCGGCGGCGGCGGGCAAGGGCGGCGCGAGGAGCGCGACCAAGGCGUCCAAGGGCGAGCGCGGUCGACCGGGCAACAAGCGGGCCGACUCGUCGUCGUCGUCGAGCGUCUACCCGUCGGUGCUCCACCCGAGCGAGCCCUCGCCCGGGCACCAGCACGGCCUGCCGCACUCGCUCAGCGGCCUCGUUUCGCCGCUCGACACGCCGCUCGGCGCCGGCGCCGCCUCGACCUCGACCUCAACGAGCGACGCCGGGCCCUUUGCGCCGCUGUACGCCGGCGCGCCGACGCCGACCUCGGCCAUGUUCCCGCCGGGCCACCCGCUCACGUCGCUCGACUCGGCGCACAGUGGCCCGACGGCGCACCAGCACCACGCGCACGCCGAUUCGGGCCCGUCGCCUGCCGACCUCGGCCUCUUGCCCGUCCCGGGCGACUUCUCGUUCGACUUGUCGGGCGCAGGCGGCCUCGGCGGACUCGGCGGGCUCGGCGCCUUGAGCACGCUCGACGAGUGGGGCGCCGGCUACUACUUUGGCGGGAGCAACUGGGGACUGGGAGGGUUCGGCGGCCUCGGCGUCGCGCCGGGUGCGUACGGCGGGCCCGGACCGCUCCAUGGCGCGCCGUACGCAGGAGCCGACCUCGGGUGGGGCGGACUGUAGAGGACGAGGAGCCUCUCGCUUGCCGAGCUUGACGAUGCAGUGGCAGAUGAACGUGGUAUUGCAGUGCGAGAGAUGCGCGUUGUACGUGAGGCAAGAGAGAGAGAGAGACAAGACACUGCGCCCGACCCACAGACAGAGAGAGACAUCUAAACGGACCCAAGACCCCCUCGCCCCAGCCUCGUCUAGCUCGCCGGACAGCUCCCGACCUCUGGGUACCCCAACGGCAACCGCAUCGCCAUCGACACGAGCGCGAAGAAGAGCGGACCCUGGCGGUCCCACUCCUGGCCGUCGGCAAA